UAGUUAAAAAAUGGCUUCCAUUUCCAUAUCUACAAGCUUAUUUUCUCGACCUCAAGCUCAAGCUUGCUCUAAAACCCAAAAUCCUUCCCCUAAAAAGAACCCAAACCCCAAAUUCAAACCCAAAAAAGUUAAUAAAUUCAAGUCUCUCUCUUUACCUCGUGCUCCUCCGCCUGCUUCUUCUUCUUUAGGUGCCCAAGCCACCACUUACACUCGCCUUCCUCCCAAAGAAGAUUCCGGUUUCGAAUUCGAAGUUCCCUCUUUGAACGAAUCCGAUGAAAUCAAGCUUUCUGAUUCUGACAUCGCAAAGCUCGCCGUCAAAAAUGGUUCGUCUGAAAUUGAAGCUGAAAUGUUAGUCACCGAUGAUGAUGACGAUGAUGAUGAAGAAAAAGAAGAAGUAAAUCAAAGUUUGGGUUUUGAGGACGAAACCCUAGAUGGGAAUAUCAUGGGUUUUUAUAAUGGUGAUGAAAGUUUGGACUUUGAGGAGGAAGAAGACGAGGUUUAUUAUUACGAUUCUGAUGGCAAGCUCGUAAAUUUAUCAGGAAACGAGGUUGAUGAUUUGGAAUUGGUGGAAGUAAAGGAGAAAGGGGUGCCGGCGGUUAUGCGAUGCUUUGACCGAGCCAAAAUUUACGUGAAAGCAGGGGAUGGUGGGAAAGGAGUGGUGGCGUUUCGUCGCGAAAAGUACGUACCUUUAGGGGGACCAUCGGGAGGCGACGGAGGGAGAGGAGGGAAUGUGUAUUUGGAAGUUGAUGGAACAAUGAAUUCGCUGUUACCGUUUCGGAAUAGUGUGCAUUUCAGGGCGGGGAGAGGAGCACAUGGCCAAGGGAGGAUGAUGUGUGGAAGGAAAGGAGAGGAUGUGGUGGUGAAAGUGGCCCCAGGGACGGUGGUUAGAGAGGCGGGGAAUGAGGAGGUUUUGUUGGAGUUGUUGUAUCCGGGACAGCGGGCGUUAUUGUUGCCUGGUGGGAGAGGUGGGAGAGGAAAUGCUUCGUUUAAGUCCGGGAAUAAUAAGGUUCCUAAGAUUGCUGAGAAUGGAGAAGAGGGUCCUGAAAUGUGGCUGGAGUUGGAGCUAAAGUUGGUUGCAGAUGUUGGAAUAGUGGGUGCUCCAAAUGCUGGAAAAAGCACCCUUCUGAGUGUGAUAAGUGCUGCUCAGCCAGAAAUAGCAAAUUACCCUUUUACAACUUUACUUCCCAAUCUGGGUGUAGUUUCAUUUGAUUAUGAUUCUACCAUGGUAGUUGCUGAUCUUCCUGGUUUACUUGAAGGAGCACACAGGGGCUUUGGCUUAGGUCAUGAGUUUCUACGGCACACUGAAAGAUGUUCAGCACUGGUACAUGUUGUUGAUGGCUCUGGACAGCAACCGGAACUUGAGUUUGAUGCAGUUCGACUUGAGCUUGAAUUGUUUAGUCCAGAACUUGCUGAAAAGCCUUAUGUAGUUGCCUACAAUAAAAUGGACCUUCCAGAGGCAUAUGAGAAUUGGCCAUCAUUUAAGGAAAAUCUACAAGGUCGUGGAAUUGAAACUUUUUGCAUGAGUGCAGUAAAAAGGGAGGGCACUCAUGAAGUUAUCUGUGCUGCCUACAAACUUCUUCCAAAACCUAAAGAAUCCAAUGAGGGAUUUGAAGGUUUUCAAGAUCCAGUAGAUUUGAACCAUGUAGCUGAUAUGGUAAAUAAACAGCGUAGCUCCUCUAUAAAUGAGUUUGAGAUCACUCAUGACAGUAGUUGCAAUACUUGGCAUGUAAUUGGAGCUGGGUUGCAACGCUUUGUUCAGAUGACAAACUGGCGAUACAUAGACUCUGAGAAAAGGUUUCAACAUGUCCUGGAGGCUUGUGGAGUGAAUAGGUCUCUCAUGAAGCUUGGGGUGAAAGAAGGUGACACAGUGAUUGUUGGAGAGAUGGAGAUGGUGUGGCAUGAUUCUGCUGAGGAUUCUGGUACACCAAACAUGAAGAAGAGAUCAACGGAGUCAAUCAAAUGGCCCCAGUGGAAGUAACGGGCGUCUGUAAAUUUUGUCAGUAAACUGGCAUAUUUGGAGGUUUAGCAAAGGUGGGGGAGUGUAUAUCCACAUCAGUUUCAGUGCCUGUUCGUUGCCUGAUUUAGUUUUUAACGAAUGCGAUACUGACUCCACAACAUUCACUCUCCAGAUAAACCAAAUUCAUUGCCUGAUUUAGUUUUUAACCAAUGCCACAAAUUCAUGAGAGGUGACAUGGAGUUUGAUGAAAUUUGCUGAUUGGAGUGCAUGAUGUUGUUGUUUCUCCAUGUUCAUAUUGCUUCAUAUUGGUGCAGAAGGACAGGCAAGUUCCUCUCAAAUUCGUUGUAUGACCUGGAUAAUGUAAUUACAGUUGCAAUCUAUAGUCUCCAACAGACUUGGAGGCAAUGCCUUCAUUCUUAAGUAAGUAUUUCUUUUUCUCUUAAUAUUGCAUGUAAUUCAUUCUUAUAUGAGAGACAGCAUUUAUGCCUUUAAAUAUCCAGGUUUUGCAUCAAAUUUCUUAAAUUUUGUGACAGGGCUGAAAAUUUGAAA